AUGACCACCACAAUUCAAGAAAUAGGGUACUCCUUUUUACAAGUAUAUUAUCAAAGGAUGAGUAAAGAUCCUUCAAAGGUUUCUUCUUUAUAUUCUAAUACGGCAGAAAUUACUCAUAUAAAUUAUCAAUUGACUUCAAAGCAUGAUGGGGAAAUAUUACCAACCAUUAAAAUUAUUGGUAAAGAUAAUAUUAGCAGUUUUUUUACCAGAAAUAAUAAAAAAGUGUGUGACUUACGUGUAAAGAUUGAUUCCUUGGAUUUUCAAAAUACUGGUGUAGGGCAUGAAAGCAUACUACUUUUAGUUACAGGUGAAAUGUUUUGGACGAAUACUCCAGCAUAUAGAUUUUGUCAAACUAUCAUUUUAGCACCCAUUCAACCAAACUCAUUAGUUUAUGAGGCAACUAAUGAUGUUAUUCGUUUCAUGCCUGAUAAUUUAGGUUUAUAUGAAUUGUCUGAAAUUGUUGAAAAAAACACUUCUCAAUCAUCAGAAAAAGCUGCUAUAAAAAGCAAUACUCAAUCAUCAGAAAAAAUUGCUACAAAAAGCAAUACUCAAUCAUCAGAAAAAAUUGCUACAAAAAGCAAUACUCAAUCAUCAGAAAAAAUUGCAGACUCAGCCGUUGUUUCUCCUAUUACAAACAAUACUACUGUCUCGAAUGCAAAAACUGACUCAGCUUCGAAGGAAAAAACUGAGUCUAAGAAUAUAAAAGAAAAAGUCACCAAACCAAUGGAAAUCUCAACACAACCAAUGGAAGAAACAAAUGACACUCCAAAGAAAGAUAAAGUCGAAGAAAAACCCAAGAACAAUACCAAUGUUUUGCAUUCUUCUAAGUCAAAUACUCAAAAGAGCAAUACCAAAGAAUCUACUGAAAAUAAGGAGUUGAAAAUUGUUGAAAACCAUGCAUCUGAAACUGUACAAUCACCUACUAACAAGUCUAGUGAAAAAAAUGCCACUAAGGAAUUAAGUCAAGUACCUACUCCUAGCUCAUCAAAUAUUAAGCCUGAACUUCAAGGAGAAAGCAAAUCCUCAGACUCAACUAUCUCUUCAGCUCCUUCUUCAAAUAGCAAUUCUAGCUUAACUAGCUCUGGUUCCACUGCUCCAUCUGAACCUCAAGUUAUCACACCACCUAAAAUGACUUGGGCUUCCAAAUUGUCUAAUGGCAGUACAGCUGGUUCGGGUAAGGGUCAUUCUGAAUUUACUAGAAUUGAGCAAACUACCACAACAAAUGUCCCUCAUCCAUCUAAAAAAGUAAACGAAAGGAAAACUGAGCUACCUUCACGUAAAGAGAAUUCAUCCUCAAGAAAUGGUAAAAAGAAAGCAUUCAGCACCGUUAAUAGAGAGGGAUUUUUCCCUAUAUACAUUCGGGGUACCUCUGGUGUCGAUGAGGACGUAUUAAAAGGUAUUUUAGAGAAUGAAUUUGGUACUAUCACAAGAAUGACGUUCUCUGAAAACUUUGCAGUUGCAGAUUUCGAAUUACAAUCAAGCCAAACUAACGCUAUUGAAAGAAAAUCUAUCAAAGCUGGUCCCAUAGAGGUGUAUUUAGAGCGUAAAACUGUGGGGAAAAAAUUUUCACCAACAGGAAGCAUUAAUAAUAGCACGUCAAACCAGCAACGUCCACAUAAGAAGCAUUACACAAAAAAGAGAGAUUAG